CUUUUAGGUGAAUGUCAAAGAGCAAGGCGACUGUGGGCGUAUGGUUGCUAGAAAAAUUGUGUUUGCACAGUUGAUUUUGAAUAACAACAAAAGAAUAACACGUUAGACAUGUCUUACCUGGCCAGUUUUAACAAUGAGAGUGCAAAACAAAUACUCAUGGACAUAAUACGUACAGUGAAUCAGCCAGAGAACUCGAAAAAACUAUCGGAAGCAAAAGCGUCGGCUGGCAAAGAAAUGAUUCUUAUGAUGCAGCACGUUUUCCCUCUGGUUAUGCAGCUGCAGCUGGAGGUGAUCAAGGUGCACGGCUUUCCAGGCAACCGUGAGGGUCUAGUUCAGUUCUCGCAGCUUAUACGGGAAAUGGAGCGUGACGACAUGGAAAUUGCACGCCUGCGCAGCCAGAUACGAGCCAUAUACCUGCCACCAAUCGCUAUAAACACUACCAAUGAUAUUCUUAUCUAAUAUAAACAUAUAUAUAUAUAUAUUAUAUAUAGCUUAUACUAAACACACACUUAAGACUGCAAUAGAUUUAAGCAACAAUCUUUUGUAAAUUGUAUUUUGGGUUUGAUGUACAUCAUUUUUACAUAGCUUGAACUAACAAAGCUGCCAUAGAUUAUGAUUGGCAUGAUAUUUAAUCCAGUGUACAUUGUAUGAAAUAGCCGAGUACAAACUUAUUUAUCUGAGAGUAUGGCUUCGGCCUAAGUAACAUGGCGUAUCUACUAAAUAAACAAGAAAUAAAGUAUUUUGCUGUUUUGCAUUGGCUUAGAAAA